UGGCGUUUUAUAUACAAAUCCAUUGUGCAUCGUCAUGUCGUACCUAAACCUGGAUAUCAUAUUUUAUUAUUAUACUAUGUAUAAUAUAUACUCACUUGAGCUAUAUAGGGAGCAAAAAAAUGAAAGAAAAAAGGUGAUAAAGAAUCUCGACCGACAAACGUCGGAUGUGGAAUGCUGCACGACAUCCCGUUUAUAAUGACCGCAAUCGCGUAUGGACCGAUUGCAACGAGUGUAAUAAUAAUAAUACUUUAUAGUAAUUCGCGUAAGACACAUUUCUCUGGAUUUUGAAAUACGAAAAAAAAACAAAACAGAAUUUCAUCCAUUUCCAAUUAUGUUAUCCCUCCAUGGCAAUUUUUCACGCUGGUCACGUUAAUACCGUGAAGCUGGUUUCGAAAGAAGAAAGUAUAAUAUACCUGCCGCUUGUAUCUAUGUAUUAUAUUAUACCUUUAGAUCGGUCUCCGCACAUGUAGAUAUUAUAACACUAUCCACUAUCAGUUUCUUCGUGUGUACCUACUACCUAAUAUACUAUUACUAUUACUACAGAAACUACUACUACUACUACUAUUACUGCCAUUACUGCUAUUACUGCUGCUAUUACUACCAUUACUGCUACCAUUAAUACUAUCAUUUCUACUACCAUUACUACUACAAUUAUUAUCACUAUACUGUUGCUACUGUAACACGCAUUGUCGCCGGAGACAGAGUUCGUCGUCACUGCCGCCGCCGACACCAACCGCUAAAAUGUCCGAUUCGUCUUCGAUUACAAUGCACCGCAAGUAUGUUGACCCGUGGGAUCUGGACCUGCGGGAGGUGUCGUGGAGGCACUCUAGUGACACAACGGACUGUUCGGCCGACCACCAAGUUGUGUCACUGUCGUCGGCGGCAGGACCGGUGUCCACGCGAUCCGAUUUCGUUUACGUGCCAGGUCCGCCAAAAAACAAGUCAGGCACCGGUAGAACUAGAUCUCGAUCAGUAGCUCGGUACGAUUGCUGCCAAUGUUCACCAAGUUCAUCAUCUAUGGCCCUCGUCCCACCCGAUUCAAAUGAAAAUCUAUACGAGUAUUGGGAAGCUGGUUGCAAACCACCAUCGUACUGCAGGUACUCCGCAGUCGACCACCAUUUCUACCCGAUAGCUAGUGGAUCUUCGAAACAACAAUGCCGUCUACUAUACAACGUUUCCAGACCGGAAAUCCGCCGGAACUCGCGUUACGAUAACGGAGACAUGGAGUCUGUACUGUUUCGGGCUUACAUGGCCAAUAGUGGAGAAUUAUAUUCAACUGAAAACGUGGUAACUAGUCAAUUCCGCUACAACACUCUUGGUCAUAUGAAAAUUGAUUACUCUUCCAACUGGAACAAUCUGGAUAAAUACAUAUGUCAAGUUUAGGCUAUCAAUAACUAUGACUUACAGCCUAUACACACACCAUACAUAUCAUUUUUACAAAAAUGUUAAAAUAAUUGAAGUAUCAGUUAUCUCCAGUAGUUAUCAAUACAGUAUUAUACACAGACGGAUGUGGGCUAGUGCAUUAUAUUUUUAGAUUUAAAUUAUAAAUAUAACGAAUUUAAAUUACUUUAAAACUUUUUAUAUACGUGGUACAUUAUAGAUGUACAGUACUAUAAUCAAUGUCAAUAAUGUUCAUAAAGUGCAGCUGCUGUGAGGAAUGUUCGAAAAUUAAAUACCUACUUAUUUAAGAUGAUAUAAAGUAUAUAAUAAAACAUAAUAUUAUAUAUUCAUUUAUAAUAAA